AUGAUCCAAUCCCUACCAAGCCAGAUGGAGAAGGACUAUCUUGAACCUCAUGUCGUCGCAGCCAUUCAUCAACUGUGGCAAGACCCAGGUGUCCGGCAAUGUUUUGAGCGCAGUCGGGAGUACCAGUUAAAAAACUCUGCGGCCUACUAUUUUGAUUCAAUUGACCGAAUCAAACAGCCUCAUUACGUCCCAGAUGAUCAGGACAUACUGCAUCCACGAGUAAAAACCACCGGAAUUACCGAAACUGUGAUUGUGAUUGGAGAGCUCAACGAGUACGACCAGAUGCUCUAUGAGGACGACUCGGUGAAUGCAGGAAUCCCUCAACCUAUUUGA